CGCCAUUUUGAAUGUCUCUAAUGAGUUUUCCAUCAUUUUUCUCAUUUUUCGCGGUCUGACCGGUGUUGUUUUGUGUGUGAAUAACAAAUAAAAAAAUUUAUAACAACAACAAAGACUGAUUUUAUUAACAAUGAUUUGAUUCAACAUGAUCAACAAACACAUGCUGUCAUAUUGAUCCAACAUCAACAAAAAGCACACAUCACAAUGAAACGUUCACAUGCACCAAGUGCACUUGGUAAACGUCCACUUUUAGUUAACAUUGAAAAUAAAAUACCAGAACAUCGUUUAAAAUUAAAUUUACCAAAACCAGUUAUUAUUGGAUCAACAAAAACUGAUGAUUCAACAAAUGAACCAAAAUUCAAAAGAACAAGAUUAACAACAAAACCAAGAUCAAUAGUAAUACAAGAUAAAAAGUUAGUACAAUUAACAGAUAAAGAUGUUGCAGCAACACAAGAAGUUAUAUCUGAACAUGAACAAAAAAUAAGAUCAUUAUUAAAGAAAAAAUUUCAAAUACCAAUACCAGGUUAUCAGUUAUCUGGUAGAGCAUUAGGUGCAAAAUUAUCUGGUCCAAGAAGAUCAUUAUGGGAUCCAUAUGAAGCAAAUGCACUUGUUGUUUAUGAACCACCAGAAUUAUCAGAACAUGAAAGAUUAAAAAUAGAUGAAAGUAAAAAAUUAGUACAUGUUGUUGUUGAUCCAUUAUUAUGUAAUGUAUUACGUCCACAUCAACGUGAAGGUGUUAAAUUUAUGUAUGAAUGUGUUACUGGUAAAAGAAUUGAAAAUGCAUAUGGUUGUAUAAUGGCUGAUGAAAUGGGUCUUGGUAAAACAUUACAAUGUAUAACAUUACUUUGGACAUUAUUAAAACAAGGUCCAGAAGCUAAAGGUUUAAUUGAAAAAGCAAUAAUUGUAUCACCAAGUUCACUUGUUAAAAAUUGGUACAAUGAAAUUGGUAAAUGGCUUGGUAAUAAAAUAAAACCAUUGGCAAUUGAUGGUGGUAGUAAAAGUGAUAUUGAUAAUAAACUUAAUAGUUUUAUGAAAACAUAUGGACGUAGAUGUGUUAAUCCAGUAUUAAUAAUAAGUUAUGAAACAUUUAGAUUACAUGCACAUGUAUUACAUAGUGAUGAAGUUGGUCUUGUUUUAUGUGAUGAAGGACAUAGACUUAAAAAUUCAGAAAAUCAAACUUAUCAAUCAUUAAUGGGUCUUAAAGCUAAACGACGUGUAUUGUUAUCUGGUACACCAAUACAAAAUGAUUUAUUAGAAUAUUUUUCAUUAGUACAUUUUGUUAAUCAAGGUUUACUUGGUACUGCACAAGAAUUUAGAAAAAAAUUUGAAAAUCCAAUAUUACGAGGACAAGAUGCUGCUGCUAGUGAUAAAGAAAGAAGUAUUGCUGAAGAAAGAUUAGCUGAACUUGUUAAUGUUGUUAAUAAAUGUUUAAUUAGACGUACAUCUGCAUUAUUAUCAAAAUAUUUACCAAUUAAAUAUGAACUUGUUGUAUGUGUUAAAAUGACCAAGCUACAAACACAAUUAUAUAAAAAUUUUAUAUCAAGUGAAGCUAUUAAAAAAUCCAUGAUAAAUGUUGAUGGAGAAAAAAAAAAAGGUGGAAGUUUAUCAGCAUUAUCAGCUAUAACAUUACUUAAAAAAUUGUGCAAUCAUCCUGAUCUUGUUUAUGAAAAAAUAAAAGAAAAUUCCGAAGGCUUUGAAGGUGCUGAAAAGCUAUUACCACCAAAUUAUUCAACAAAAGAUGUUUUGCCUGAAAUGUCUGGUAAAUUGAUGGUUCUUGAUACACUUCUUGCAUCAAUAAAAUCAACGACAACUGAUAAAAUAGUACUUGUAUCAAAUUACACACAGACACUUGAUUUAUUUGAAAAACUAUGUCGUAAACGUGUUUAUCGUUAUGUUCGUCUUGAUGGUACAAUGACAAUUAAAAAACGUGCAAAAGUUGUUGAAAAUUUUAAUGAUCCUGUUGGUGGUGAUUUUAUAUUUAUGCUUAGUUCAAAAGCUGGUGGUUGUGGAUUGAAUUUAAUUGGUGCAAAUCGUUUAGUUAUGUUUGAUCCUGAUUGGAAUCCAGCAAAUGAUGAUCAAGCAAUGGCACGUGUAUGGCGUGAUGGACAAAAAAAACCAUGUUUUGUUUAUCGUUUUCUUUGUACUGGUACUAUUGAAGAAAAAAUAUUUCAACGACAAGCACAUAAAAAAGCAUUAAGUUCAACAGUUGUUGAUCAAGAUGAAGAUGUUGCACGUCAUUUUACACUGACUGAUUUACGUGAUUUAUUUAAACUUGAAGAAAAUACUGUAUCAGAUACACAUUCAAAAUUUAAAUGUAAAAGAUGUGUACAUGGUAUUGAAAUUAAAAAUCCACCAGAAAAUUCAGAUUGUAAUUCUGAUUUAUCUGAUUGGAGACAUUCACAUAAUCCAAGAAAUUUACCUGAUAUACCAUUAAGACAAUGUUGGUCAUGUGGUAUAUCAUUUGUUUUUCAUCAUCGUUCUGCUGAAGUUGUCAAAGAUAAACCCAAAGAAAUUAUACAAGAAAUAACACAAGAUGAAUGUAAAAAUUAUGAAGAUGAAUAAUUAGAAAAAUUGUAUUAUCCUGAUAAUUCUAUUACUAUAUUUUUUCAAAUAUUGCUGGCAACAUUGAAGUCUGUGUUAUCAAUUUUCAUAAAAAAAAAAUAAUCAACUCAUUAAACAUGUAGAAAAAUUAUAAUAAAUUAUCUCGCUUUCUUAUUUUAUUAAUUAAUUUAAAAAAAAUUAUCAUAGACAUUUCUUUUUUUCUACUAGAAAAUUUAUAAUUUUUCAUUAUUAAUUUUCAUUAUUUAAUUAACAAUAGAUAAUUUUUCUUUAAAUUCAUAAUAAAAUUAAUAUAAAAUUAUAACUUUAAAAUGAAUUAUUAAAUAAGUUUUUAUAUUUUUCUAAUAAAUAAUAAUAAAAAAAUUACGCAAUAUAGAAAGUAAAAAAAA